CAAUUACGGAAAGCGAUGAAGUUUGUUGUUUACGCCUACAGCAGGUUGAAGAUGGCCGCUGGAGACAACAACGGCAGGCUUCCUUGCCUUAGUUUCUCCGGCCCAGGCCCUUUAGGGAAUAGCCAGCCGAGCAACAGCGUUUUCUCAAUGCCGGCAUCCAACGGGGGAGCGGUCGGUGCAGCCGGGGGAGUACAAGGAACUGCGAGGCGACCCAACCCGCAGCUGGGGCCUGGCGGGGCAGACGGCAGCGGCGUUUCGAGCGGAGCUCCGCAGACUGCGCAGAACCCUCUGCAGCCGCCCGCUGCGUCAGGUGCUGCUUCUGCGGCAGCAGGAGCCAUGGCCUCCCCGGCGUCCAAUAUGAUAAGCGGCGCAGCGUCGAAUGCCUCCCCGGCCACCGCGUCGAGCGCUACCCCAGCUGCAGCGUCCGUGCUAGUGUACAGAGAGCCGGUGUACAACUGGCAGGCGACAAAGAGCACCGUCAAGGAGAGGUUUGCGUUUCUCUUCAACAACGAGGUGCUGAGUGACGUUCAUUUCUUGGUUGGCAAAGGUAUGGGUGUUCAGAGAAUACCAGCUCACAGGUUUGUCCUGGCAGUGGGCAGCGCAGUGUUUGAUGCUAUGUUCAACGGUGGCAUGGCGACCACUUCCACGGAAAUUGAACUUCCUGAUGUGGAACCAGCUGCUUUUUUGGCCCUGCUAAAGUUCCUGUAUUCUGAUGAAGUCCAGAUCGGGCCUGAGACUGUGAUGACUACUCUGUAUACAGCCAAAAAGUAUGCGGUUCCUGCGCUGGAGGCUCACUGUGUGGAGUUCCUGAAGAAAAACCUCAGAGCAGACAAUGCUUUCAUGCUCCUUACACAGGCUCGCUUGUUUGAUGAGCCGCAGCUUGCCAGCCUGUGUUUGGAGAACAUUGACAAGAACACUGGCGAUGCUCUUGCUGCCGAGGGAUUCACAGACAUAGAUCUGGAUACUUUGGUGGCAGUGUUGGAGAGGGACACUUUAGGAGUAAGAGAGGUGCGUUUGUUUGGCGCUGCCGUUCGCUGGGCCGAGGCGGAGGCUCGCAGGCAGCAGCUGCAGCCCACUCCCGAGAACAUGCGCAAAGUCCUGGGAAAAUCUCUCACACUCAUCCGCUUCCCUCUCAUGACCAUAGAGGAGUUUGCAGCAGGUCCUGCCCAGUCUAAUAUUCUAACCGACAGAGAGGUGGUGAGUCUCUUCCUCCACUUUACAGUGAACCCAAAGCCCCGUGUCGAUUUCAUCGACCGUCCUCGCUGCUGCCUCCGCGGGAAGGAGUGCAGUAUCACCCGUUUUGGCCAGGUGGAGAGCCGCUGGGGCUACAGCGGGACAAGCGACCGCAUAAGGUUUUCUGUUAACAGAAGGAUUUUUGUGGUUGGAUUUGGACUUUAUGGCUCCAUACACGGACCUACAGACUACCAAGUCAAUAUACAGAUAAUCCACACAGACAGCAACACAGUGCUGGGGCAGAAUGACACAGGCUUCAGCUGUGACGGGUCAGCAAACACCUUCAGAGUCAUGUUCAAAGAACCAGUCGAGAUUCUACCCAACGUCAACUACACUGCCUGUGCCACACUGAAGGGUCCAGACUCUCAUUAUGGGACCAAGGGAAUGCGAAAGGUAACACAUGAGUCAUCCUCCACCGGCACAAAGACCUGCUUCACCUUCUGCUACGCGGCGGGCAACAACAACGGCACUUCAGUAGAAGACGGACAGAUCCCAGAGGUCAUCUUCUACACAUAGUCACCUCAGACGUCCCAGCGAUCUUCCAUCAAAUGUGACAACCCGACACCAGCGCAAGGCCACAUUUCAGCAGCCAUACUGGGGACUAAUCUGUCAGACUUCAGUCUGUUCCCUCCUCACAGGGCAACUGCUAGCUGCACGGGGAGGACAAAUGGCUGGUAGACGAUGUGGGUUGUUACGCGAGACGAAGUCAGUUGUUUGACGUGCUGCCACUUCCCUUAGUGCUCUAGAUUUAUAAACCAGCUCCGAGAAGGAUUGAGAGAUGUUAGGGAGGGGGGUCUCUCAGAUUAUUCACAGUAUCUUUGUCACUGCUUCGGGUUGACAGCAUAAAGCUUGACACUGAAUUUUUCUUAAGCUGUAGGAUUCUCCUCCUUCUGCUCCACCGCUUUAGCGCAAAGGAGACUCAACUGUAUGAAUGUACAGUUUAUCAGAUUUGCCAAGAUAAAGUCCUUGUAGCGUUUUGUACAGAGUCGACUCUGCAUCAACUGUAACUUCCACACACUGAUGGACCUCAUAGGCUUUCAUGAAAACUUGUCAAAUUUGAACCAAACUUCAUAAUAAUGUCAAGAGUAUGACUAAGGUGAGCGUUUUUCUGUUUUUUACUUAACAGUACAAUCUGUGAUAUCUUGUGUCUUUGCUUGGUAGUUGCCUAUACCCGGUAUACAUUGCACUUCUCGGCCUUGCCUUCGUUUAUUUUGUUGCUCUAUGGAUGCACACUAACUCUUCUGAUUUUUUUUAAGCUUUAUUUUAAAAGUUGUGGGUGGAAGAGAUUUUUUUUCUCUUGGUGCUGAAGUUGAUGGGUUGUAUAUUAAAGUGGCAUUUAUUAACAUUAUAUAUGUAACUUGAAAUAAAUGGCAAUUAAAUGAGGAAAAAACGAUGUGUAGCUUUUUUUUAUAACAGCUUAUUGAAAUGGGACAGGAUUUACCACUACCAUGUACAAUCAGUUGGAUAGAAAUACCAAAAUUACAGAAUGAGUCAGAACUCGCAUUAUUUAUAUAUAUUUUUUUUUACUUAAAAUCAGUUGUUUUUUUUCCUCUUUCCUCAAGCUUCUUACAAUUGCAAAUUAAUUUAGCAAUUUCUUUCAUCCAGAACUGGUUUGAAUUUUUUUUUUAUUAAUUUUUUUUUGUUUAUCCCACAAACAGGGUUUUGUGGUCAAAGUUUAUUCCCAAAAACAUUGGCUUUGUUAGUAAGCAUCUCUAACUCACUUGGGGUGAUUUUCCAUUAGGAAGGCCUAUUCUAAACUUUAACUUCCUGGCUGAUGGCUUUUUAGAUGUUGCUUUACCAUUUCUUCACAAUGUCAUGUAUGUUUUUAAUUUAAUUUUUUUUUUUAGCAAAUCAACCUCACUACAUUUUGUAGUUCACAAUUGUGAUUAGGCUUUCUGCCUUGUUCCUUCAAAUCUGAUGAUGGUCAUUAAGAUAAAAUGACCAUUUGGGUCCGUAUAGUAAGGUUUGUUUUUUUUUUAUCUCUAAGCGCAAUUGCGAACUGCAAUUUGACUUUUAAUUUUGAAGUUAUAGCUUCUUUCUCUCUGAGUGCUGGUCAAGGAUUUGUUUCACUAUGAAUAAGUAAAUAACUUUUCCACAUCCAGCCAGCAUCAAUAUGCUUUGGCCAUCAACAUGCCCAUUUUGCACCAACAAUGUUUAUUUUUUAUACAGUCUCUGAAUAUAUGACCUUGGUAUUUUGCAAUUGCAACCCAGGGACAAUAUUAUUGAACAAGAGUAAAUUCUCAAUCAAAAUCAAUGCUUUGUAUUUGCUUGAAAAUGUAAUACUCUAAAAGUGCUGUCAAAUAUGGUCUAUGGUAAUAUUGUGAUUGCGUUAGACUUCACUCACAUGGUUUUUCCUUUACCAAUAUAAAGAAUAUUUUGCCAUUAAUGUCAUAGAAUGUAAAUUCAAAAAAACAAAAUAACCUAAACAUUUUAAAGCAUAUGAAUCAUGGUUUCUGCGACAGAGGGAUCAUGAGCUUGAUGCUGUCCUGCCUUAUUGCAGAGAGCCUCAAACCAAAUAGCUUUGUACUAUAAUCAUGAUCCAAUUGGAGUGUAACUGAAUUUGAAUGUCUUUCUAAUUGGUCUGAUUUGAUUGUGCAGUAUAUUCCUGUAUAUAAACUGGAUCUGUUUGUCUUCAGAUGACAGUUGUUGUAAAUUGUGACUUUAUAAAUAACUAAACUGAAAGUAGCUGGCAUUUUCUGACAGACAUUUGAGGGAUGGGAGGAUCUGUUACACAGCAUCUAUUAUAGAGAGAAUUUCUAUUUUUUUUUCUCAUUUUCAUUAGAUCUGAUUUUUCUGAUCUAAAGGAAAUGAGAAGUGGGAAUCGUUUAGUACAAGGCUUCAUGAAAUCUGGGUAACUCAUUAAAUCUUAAAAAGUUGAAUAAUAAGGUUACUCACUGUUCAUUCAUUACUAUAGACCUUGUUUAUCAGUAGAAACCAGCUGAAAUAGGUCAAAUUAAAAUAACUUGUGUUCCACCUGCGCUCUGCACGGUGCAGACACAAUGCAGCCUCUCCUUCACUGUGGACGUCAUUGGAAAAGGUGGAAAACACUGAAAAUAGGCCAUGAUUUUUAAAAGUCGGUCAGUUUUAAAUUGCUGAAGGUGUGCCAAAAACAAAAUCUCACAUCACAGCAACAGCAGAUGUUGGGAAUUGGGUUUAUUUAUGGACUCUAAUCAUUUAAAAAUACUUCAAUCGUGACUCAGAUGCGAUAAUUGGGAUCAAGUCUUUUCACAUUUUAAAACAUUUCUCACAGUUUAGGAGAGAACAGAAUCUCAGGAGUCACAUUUUUAUUAUUUUAUUUAUUUUAUUUCAUUACACCCACUGAACAAAAGCUGCUGUUCAGUCGGUUUUACUUCUGUAACACUUUUUUUGUGGUUUCUGUGGUUUACGUCUGGCCAUGAUCCAUUUAUAAGCAUUAUUGCAGCAGUAUCACAGUGCACUGUACAGGCCCAUCCAAGCAGAUACGUGGAAGGAAAGGAGGGGUGAAGUAAAAUAACCAAAGAAAUGAGGAAUAACUGCCUUGAUCCAAUUGUUUUCUAAAACCCUCACCCUAGGCACUUGGUGUACAGUAGCUGUGAAAUGACAA